GCGACGGUCGAGCCAGCGCUCGUCGACAUAGCAUGCGUCCGCGUACCCAUGUCUGCUGGGACAAAACACAAGCGCACUCACACGGCAAGCACAUAAACACGGCGACGCUGGACCACGCAUCCUAGCGUCCACGCGCCAAGCCGGCUUCGUACUACUGGGCUUAAUGGACGUCGGCGCUGGCGAGCUUCCGCAUGCGAUGCUCGCGGACGUCGUCGGACUUGCGAUCGUCGGUCGUUGGCCGUGCCACGUCGCCGGCUGGACCGAUUUGACUGGGCGUUUGUAUGGGGUUGCCCUUCGGUGCACUUUUUUUUGUCACGUCCCGAUGACACGCAGUUGCGAAUUCGCCUCCAAGUGCCCAUGUCGUCGACGUACUCGAUCGAGGAGCUCAUCGCGAUGCCGGUGCUCGAGCGCUACGAAGCGUUCCGGGCGAUCGAGAACGUGGCCGAGCGGCGCGCAGUGACCGCUCAAGUGCACAAGGAGAUCGUGGUGACGUGGAAGCAGCACCCGCGCUGGGGCGGCAUGGCCGCGCACCUCGUGCAGGACAUCCACCCGUACUACCGGUCGGGCUUUGAGCGUCUCAUGCGUGCGUGCGAAGCCAAGCGCGAGGUUGAUAAGACCAAGUUCCGCCACCUCAACAACAGUUUGCACCACCACCACAGCAUCGAGGACCACGCGUGGUUCCCGCGCCUCAAGGAAGGCCACGAGGAGUUCAUCCCCGAGAUCCGGCAGCUCGAAGCCGACCAUCGCAACCUCGUCGUCCUCGAGAAGCGCGUCAUGACUGGCGACUUUGCCGCGCUCGCCGAAUUUUACCACGGCCUCAUCGACCACCUCAACCGCGAAGAGAUGAUCACGGUGCCAUGGCUCCUGGAUGGCACCGGCGCGCUCUACUUUUAACCACCUGUAUUAUCUAUAUACCUCGAGAUUCGUAUCGUUCUUCCGGC